GGAAUGGUUAAAUCUGUGGCCUUCAGAAUCAGACUGCCUUGGUUUUGAGCCCGAAUUAUGGCACUUACGAAGCUCAUGCGAUCUUGGGAUGUAACCUAACGUCUUUAUACCAUAAUUUCCUUAUCUGUGAAGUGGGGAUAAUAUUGGUUAGAAGAACUAAAUGAGAUAAUGUGUGUAACAUGUCAGAUACCUACUAUGUGUUUGUAGAGUGGCUAACACAUCAUAAUCAUCGUCAUCAUCAAAGGCUUUGUGAUGGAGGCACACACCAUCUGGAUGGGCGGACACAAGGGAAGAGCACUGAACAGCCAGGAGGUGUGAGUAAAGGCUUCUUGUGGAAGUCAGACCAAAUAGCAAGAAGGUAUUGCAGCAAGAUGGAUUUGGAAAAGGACCAAUCUCAUCUGAUGAUUCAUCAGACACCUGAUCCUCAUCAAGAAGAGAAGCAUGUUCCAGAAGUCAUUGGAACUUGGCGUUUGCGAAACAGAGAACAACUCAGAAAAAGGAAAGCUGAAGCACAAGAAAAGCAAACUUCACAAUGGCAAUUUGGAGAGAAAAAACACAAGCGGCAGAGAACAGGAAAAAGAAAUGAAAGAGGCAGAAAGAGACAACAGAAUACAGAAAUGAAGGUGGAGCCUCCAUCACAACUAGAAAAGGAAGUGUCGGAGAAAGCACCUAUAGAGAAAGAAGCUGAGCCACCUGGGAGUGAGACUGAAGCUCUCCUUCUGGGAUCCCUGCCCCAGAGAGUUGUGCCUGAGAAACAUUUUUCUGAAAUAGGUCAAGAAAGCAUUAUCCAUCAGGAAAAUUCUUCUGAGUACCAAGAAACAGCAGUACAAACCCACCCUUCUGAAAUACACCAAGAUAUGGCUGAACCAGAAGACCUCUCUCCCAAAAUGUGCCAGGAAGCUGCUGCAGCCCUUUCUUCUAAAACAUCUGAAGACAUGGCUGUCCUGGAAGGAUGCUCUCCUGAAGCAUACCCCAAACCAGAUGUGCCUGAAGGCUACACUCUUGAAAUGUACCAAAAAAGAGCUGAACCUGAGGAACACAAGUCUGAACCAGGUCAAGGAAUAGCUGAAACUGGAGGCUUCAUUCCUAAAAUACAGCAGGAAAUAGCUGUGCCUAAAGAGCUGUCUACAAAGACAUACCAGGAAACAGCUGAGCCUGAAGACUCUUCUCAUAAAACUUACAAAGAAAUUGCUAUGCCUAAAGCCCCCUCUCAUGAAACAAUCCAGGAAAUACCUGGAUCUGAAGAAUAUUCACCUGAAACCUACCAAGAAACACCUGGAUCUGAAGACCCUGUACCUGAUAUAUACCAAGAAACACCUGGGCCUGAAGACCUCUCUACUAAGACAUGUAAAGAUAAGGAUGUGCCUAAAGAAUGCUUUCCAGAGCCAUAUGAAGAAACAGGUGGGCCCCAAGACGAAGAUCCUAAAGCACACCAGGAAAAAGCUAAGGAUGCUUCUACUUUUCCUCAAGAAAUGAAGGAAAAACCCAAAGCAGAAGAACCAGAGAUACCAGUGAUUCCAAAUGUUCCUCAAGAGAUUCAGCCAGAAAAUGACAUCUAUAGUUAUGUUUUGUUUUAACGAUGUUCAACCAUCAUAGUUGUUCAACAAAAUACACAUCUUAGUACAUUA